GUGUGUGUGUUUGUGUGUAGUUCAGUGUGCUUGCAGGUUAAUGUGCGCAUGUGCCUCUACUGUACGUGUGUCUAUAAAGCAGAGUCAGUACUCAGACAGACAGACAGACAGACAGACAGACAGACAGACACCAUGUCUCCCUCCCAGUCCUCCCUACUAGUACUGCUGCUGAUGGUCUCCUGCUCCUGGGCCCCCCGCUCCUUAGGAGGAACCAUGACCUUCAUCUUCAUAGGGACCAACCCAGACGGGACCUACGGGGUGGACGUUCUUUACAAGACAGCCUUUACACGUUGUGGUACAUGGUUGUGUACCAGUGAGGACUGUGGGAAUGAGGUUAUGAUAGAGGGUCAGACAGUGGACCAGGAGAUGUCUGGGGACUGGUGUCAGUCAGAAGGAGUCUUUAAUGUUGACUUAUCCAGUAACACAGUCGCCUUUCUCUGCGAUUGAAUAGAAGUUUAUGGAUAGACAAUGAUAAUUCUGUUGUUGUUUGGAGGCUGUGGCCCUAUGUGGAUCUUGGGGUCAGGUCUGACACGGGGACAGUCAACCAAUCUCCACAGACCACUGUCAUACCUCUGAUGCGUGUCCCUGCUAAUUGUCAAAGAGAUUUCAACCUGUUGCUGUUUGAUCCAGAUGGGGAUAUGGUCAGAUGCAGAUAUGCAGUACCAACGGAUGAGUGUUACACAUCAAGUGACCUUCCUAAUGACUUCACUCUACGAGAGAACUGCACCUUGUCAUUUUGGGGCAACAGUAAUACCACUGGAACAUAUGCAGUUCAGUUAACGAUGGAGGAUUUCCCUACUCAGUCCAUCUCUCUCUCCUAUACUGAUGGAUCUCAAUCUAACAGGACCUCAAACGAUACACUCUGCAAACUACCUGUUCAGUUUGUAGUGAGAGUGGACCCCCCGGUGACAUCCUGUAUGGAGGGGCUGUACCUACCCAUGUUCCUGUCUCCAACACCAGCCCAGGGUGCACUGCUGAACGCCUCUGCAGACCAACCCCUGGAAAUCACUGUCAGAGCACAGGCUACCAACUCCACGGUUGCAGAGCUGUUGGUGAGUGGACCUUCCGGUAUCACAAAGAACACCACUGAUCCAGGAGAGUACCUUCUAAGAUGGACGCCCACUGAGGUUGAGGAGGGAGGGUACUAUCCUGUGUGCUUCAUCGCUCAGGGAGUGAACAACAGUUCCAAGUAUCACUCUGAGCUGCGCUGUGUGAUCGUCAGGGUUGGAAACACAAGCGCCAUCAGAACCACAGAGCCAAUAACCUCUCCUCCUCUGACAAUAAACCUCACAACCACAGAGGAGCCAACAACCUCCCCUCCUCUGACAAUAAACCUCACAACCACAGAGGAACCAACAACCUCUCCUCCUCUGACAAUAAACCUCACGACCUCACAGAUUGCACCUGAACUUCCAACCACGCCCACAAAUUUCAGUACAUACGCAACCACAGCAUCCCCAACUUUUAGUACAAACCCAACCACCGAUCUCACAACCCAUAUUGUGGACAGUACAACAAAGAACAGUGGGCCUAGAUACGUUGUAGUACUGAGGAUAAAAGUGUCCUCUCUGAUCCCACUGACGGAUAAUUACAUCAGAAACGUGGUGUUUCAGCAGCUCCGUGAGGAACUGAUCAGACUAGGGCUGCCAGGGGACUUCACGCUACGCCUGUUAGCCACUCAUGACAUCAGUCCCUGAGGGAGGAACAGGAAAUCAGCUCGACUUUCUUCACUUCUACUUGUCUUUUCUUCCUGGUUCUGAUUCUGCAGAUAGUUAUUUUGAAGAAGGAGUGGUUCCUUAUAAUGACAGAAUACAGUUGAUUUGUAAUAAUCUCCUGUGGGUCGCCAAGAUUAGUUGAAUGAACUGACACUACGUCUUUCUGGAUGUAAGUUGAAGGACUAAAACGUAAAUGAUUUAUGUCCACAAGAAGAAAUGCAACAUAAAUAUGAUUGGUAAUGUACAGAGGUAGACUGAGGUUCUUUCCUGUUUGGUAAUGUACAGAGGUAGACUGAGGUUCUUUCCUGUUUGGUAAUGUACAGAGGUAGACUGAGGUUCUUUCCUGUUUGGUAAUGUACAGAGGUAGACUGAGGUUCUUUCCUGUUUGGUAAUGUACAGAGGUAGACUGAGGUUCUUUCCUGUUUGGUAAUGUACAGAGGUAGACUGAGGUUCUUUCCUGUUUGGUAAUGUACAGAGGUAGACUGAGGUUCUUUCCUGUUUGGUAAUGUACAGAGGUAGACUGAGGUUCUUUCCUGUGUCAAGAAUAGUUGGUUGAGGCUCAGUUUUCUGUGACAUUUUAGUGACAAAGGACACAGGUUCCACCCACACACACACACUCAGGAAGAAGUUUCACUUUCACUCACACAUGGAGCAUAAAGAAGAAUGAACACUGAUGGAGAAUUGACAUUGACUAAAUAGAAGAACAGAUUCAUUUAGAUUUUUAAUAUACUUGUUUUUUUAUUCUGAAAGUGUUCUAGUACAUUCUAGGAGGAACCCUAAAGGUUACCUCAUUGAUAGGAGUAUUCUAGUACAAACCCUUAAGGUUACCUCAUUGAUAGGAGUGUUCUAGUACAUUCUAGGAGGAACCCUGAAGGUUACCUCAUUGAUAGGAGUGUUCUAGUACAUUCUAGGAGGAACCCUAAAGGUUACCUCACUGAUAGGAGUGUUCUAGUACAUUCUAGGAGGAACCCUAAAGGUUACCUCAUUGAUAGGAGUGUUCUAGUAGCUGUUAGUUUUUUAGACACCAACUGAGGGACUGAGCAUCCUGAAGGGGGAGACAAAAAGCUCUUUAUAAAUUGUAGAAGGUAAGAACCCGUUUUUCUUGUUAUUAAAUACUGUGCUUCUCAUGAAAUUGUAAUAGUCAAAAUAUAUAUAUAUAUAUAUUAUAUUGGUAAACCCUAAUAAGGGUUUAGAUAAGGGUUUAGUUAAGGGCGCUGAAGGCAUCUCUCAAUUUAAUCCAAGGUACAUUUUUGUUUAUCAUCGAUUGGUGAUAUUGAUUUUUGAUAGUUUUUUUUAAUGCCUGUUUCUGGAAUUUUGAAUAAACUUGUUUUAUUGUUCUGAAA